AGGAAUUCCUUGCUAGCCGAGAGGGGAAUGAAAAAUUUACGGAAGAGUUUUCCUCCUCUCACAGAAGUAGUUGUUGAAUAUUUUGGGAAAAAUAGUUGAUCAACUUAUCGUAAUUAAAAAAAACUUUACAAAGGAAGUGGAAAUUACAGGUCAUGGGCUCUGAGGGAAUGGAAGACGACCAAGAGGAAACUCAGAGAACCUUGCCCCACCCCAGCAACAACCCCAGAAUUGAGGUCACGCGGGCGGAAAGUACGGACAGGACACAGAGUGAUAACGAGGAGGAGAUAGAAGAAAGCAGGAGAAUAAGUCAACAGCGAGUCGAGCGGAGGGGAUCCGUCCCCACUGGACUGGUAGAACACCAUCUGAAUCCCCAGUCACAUUCCAUCUGUGGACAGAUUCUUAGAGUGAUGGGAGAUGAACAUUAUUCCAAAGGACUUGGGAAACAUUUGAGGUACAUGGGUGAUGAAAUGUGUUAUUCAUACUAUUUAAGAAAUGCGUAUCAUUCAGCUAGGGCAAAUUCUUCCACUAUGACAAACAGUCAUUCAUUACCUGACCUGAGGAGACACAAGGAAUGAUCAAUUGAUGUGAAUUCUAGAUGUCUGAAGUGUCGAGAAACCAAUCAAGAGACAUGCAGAUUCAUUUAUCCAUCAUGAU